AUGGCUGAGAAGGCUCUAGACCAGGGGUCUGUGUCCAUCCCCAUGGAAGAGACCAAGAAACGUGGGGGUGGUCCGCCUGAUGGGGCCCUGCUGACCCACCUGAAAAAGGUGGAGAACCACAUCACAGAGGCUCAACGUUUUUCCCACCUCCCCCGUCGCUCCGCAGUAGACCUGGAGUUCACCGAGCUGUCUUACACCAUCCGCGAGGGCCCCUGCUGGAGGAGGAGAGGUUAUAAAGCCCUGCUGAAAUGUCUGUCUGGGAAGUUUUGCAGUCGGGAACUCAUCGGAAUCAUGGGACCAUCAGGGGCCGGGAAGUCUACACUGAUGAACAUACUGGCCGGGUACAGAGAGACAGGCAUGAAGGGUCAGAUUCUAGUAAAUGGACGACCCCGUGACCUCCGCACUUUCAGGAAGAUGUCCUGUUACAUCAUGCAAGACGACAUGCUGCUACCACAUCUCACAGCACGAGAAGCCAUGAUGGUCUCCGCCAACCUGAAGCUGAAUGAGACGAUGGAGGUGAAGAAGGAGCUGGUGAAUGAGAUUCUCACUGCCCUAGGUCUGCAGGAGUGUGCCCACACUCGGACUCUGUCUCUGUCAGGGGGCCAGUGUAAGAGACUGGCCAUUGCUCAGGAGCUGGUUAAUAACCCCCCUGUCAUGUUCUUUGAUGAGCCCACAAGUGGACUGGACAGUGCGUCAUGUUUCCAGGUCGUGUCACUAAUGAAGUCACUGGCUCAGGGGGGAAGGACUAUUAUCUGCACCAUACACCAGCCCAGUGCUAAGCUCUUCGAAAUGUUCGACAAGCUGUACAUCCUGAGUCAGGGGCAGUGUAUCUAUAAGGGCACUGUACCGUAUCUCAUUCCAUACCUGAAGAACCUUGGCCUUCACUGUCCCACCUAUCACAACCCUGCAGACUUCAUCAUCGAGGUGGCAUCUGGGGAAUACGGAGAUCUGAACCCCGUGCUCUUUGAGGCUGUACAGGGUGGACUGUGUGCUGAGGAGGGCAAGAAGAACUCCAGCGACAAGAAUGAUCCUACCUCCUCCUGCCCCUCGCAGUGUGUCAGCGUGACUCUCUCUCUCUCUCUGAUUGAACAGGAUUCAGGGUAUAUUGAGAAACACACGUUUGCCACGAGUACGCUGACACAGUUUUGCAUUCUCUUUAAGAGGACUUUCAUCACCAUAUGCAGAGACAUGGUCCUGACCCACCUGAGGGUGAUGUCACACCUGUGUAUCGGUGUUCUGAUUGGUUUGCUUUACCUGAAAAUCGGAAACGAUGCCAGCAAAGUGUUUAACAACACUGGAUUUCUCUUCUUCUCCAUGCUCUUCCUAAUGUUCGCCGCACUCAUGCCCACUGUCCUCACAUUUCCACUGGAGAUGUCAGUGUUUAUCAGAGAACAUCUGAACUACUGGUACAGUCUGAAAGCGUAUUACUUGGCCAAAACCAUGGCUGAUAUUCCAUUCCAGGUGAUCUGUCCGAUCAUGUACUGUAGUAUAGUGUACUGGAUGACAGAGCAGCCCCCGGAGGCUGGGAGGUAUCUGCUCUUCAUGGCUCUGUCUACCUCCACUGCUCUGGUCGCCCAGUCACUGGGUCUCCUCAUAGGAGCAGCGUCCACUUCACUGCAGGUCGCCACAUUCGUGGGUCCAGUCACCGCCAUUCCGGUCCUGCUGUUCUCCGGAUUCUUCGUCAACUUCGACACUAUUCCCAAAUACCUGCAGUGGAGUUCUUAUGUUUCCUAUGUGAGGUAUGGCUUUGAGGGGGUGAUUCUGUCUAUUUAUGGAAUGAACCGCUCCGAGCUGGAGUGUCCGGGGAUGGUGUGUAAGUUUCAGAAGCCCGAGGAGGUGCUGCAGCUCCUGGACGUGGAGGACGCUAAGCUGUAUGUGGACUUCAUGGUGCUGGGCGUGUUUUUCCUCGUCCUGCGAUUGGCUACGUACCUCGUGCUGCGUUACAGAGUCAAGUCGGAGCGCUGA